AUGGCCCCAUCAAAAUUGUCGAAACAAGAAUUAACGCGAGCUCGCGUCGCAAGGGACGCGGCGUUAAAUUCAAUACGGAAAAUACAUGCAUUGGCAUUGGAAGCGAACAUGGACGAGCACAAACGACCGAUAUUUAUCGCACGUCACGGGACAUUAGAACGUGUGGUAAAGUCGUUUGAAGCGGAGCAAGGAAAUGUUCUUUCGUCACUGGUUGAGUUAAACAGGUCUGAAGAAUUUACAAGCUUAGACUUGGAAAUUACCGAGAAUAUGGAAGAAAUGUGUGGAGAGAUUCAGGUAGUGUUUUCGAAAAUACGUGGAUAUCCUUCGAAUACACAACAAAGUGCAAUCGAAGAACCCGAAAAUACGCAUAAUUCUCGUGCGUCGCUGUCAUUGCCGAAGAUUGAGCUUCCAAAAUUCGACGGUAGCCUUAUCAAUUGGUGCGCGUUUCGCGAUAUGUUUACGUCACUAGUGCAUGAAAAUCGGUCAAUAACGGAUAUAGAGCGCUUUCAUUAUUUGGUGUCUUGCUUAUCAGGUUCGGCCUUAAACAUUGUAAAAUCAGUUCCGCUAACUUCGGAUAAUUAUGCAAUCGCCUGGUGUGCGCUUCGGGAUCGUUAUGACAACAAGCGACUUCUCGCUACAGCACAUUGUGAUAAACUAUUUUCGUUUGAACGUUUACAGCGGGAAUCGGUAUCCUCGUUAUUAUCAUUUGUUAAUACUUUUCGCGAGAAUGUUUCCGCGUUAAAGGCACUUGGUGUUGUUGAUUUGUCUGGAUUCUUGCUAUUCUACAUCGGUGCCCGUGUCAUUGACCCCGAUACUCGUCGAUUAUUUGAAGCAAGUAUACCUCAAGAAAGCUUACCAAAGCUGGAUGAACUAUUGGAUUUCGCCGCGAAUCGGUGUAAGAUAUUGGAAAAUGUCGGCGCUAACGCGGAUACGCUGUCAGUGGGCAACAGUAGUUCUAGAAAGGGCAAGGGCAGCCAGACGUCCGUGAAGACUUCAUUAUCGACUACUGCUACUGCCAAGAACAGUUGUGCGUUCUGCGAUCGUGAUCACCCGUUAUUUCGAUGUUUAGUGUUCAAGAGAAAAUCUGUCACCGAACGGCGGGAGUUUGUUCUUAAGAAGAAGCUAUGUUUUGUUUGUCUACGUCCGGAUCAUGAAGCAAACUCGUGUAAGUCGGCGUACGUAUGCAAAACUUGUGAAGGACGACACAGCGUACUGCUCCACUUAGAUUCAAAAAAUAAGGGUAUAGGAAAGUCGUCAACACUAAACGCAGCGACAAUUCAAAAACCGAUUGAAAGCCCCGUGGAUCAGAACUUUACAUCUACUAACUUCUCAGGUGCUGUGAAAUCGGAUGUGAGUGUUGUACUGGCUACGGCGAUAGUGAGGAUACGAGACCACUCUGGUGCGUUGGUGCCAGUUCGAGCUUUAUUAGAUACUGGAUCACAAAUUUCGGCCAUUACCAAUCAAUGUGCUAUCCAACUUGGUUUGCCACGUCACAAGGGACGAAUAGAGGUUAGUGGUCUGGCACAGCAGCCUGUACGAACUGUAAAGGGUUCAACCAAUUGUAGUUUUGUUCCAUUGCUGUAUGAUGCUCCGCAAAUAUCGGCCACCAAUAUCGUAAUAUUACCAAAAAUCACCGCGUUUAUGCCGAAUCAAAAAUUACCCGUUUCAAUUCGUGAGCGAUACGGGCAUCUCCCACUUGCUGACCCUAACUUUGAUGUGCCAGGUUCAGUGGAUAUGUUGAUUGGAGGGGAUUUGUAUCCAUUCAUCUUACAAUCACGAUCGGACAUUGUCCAUAGUCCCGGUCUGCCUUCAGCCUUGAACACGCAGUUUGGAUGGGUAAUAGUCGGAGCCAUAGAAGGGUCAAGGGAAUACUCUACUGCUUCAUCGUUGGCAGUUCAUGCGGCAUCAGAUAGCCAAGAUAUAGGGGAUCUCUUACAGCGAUUUUGGGAAGUUGAAGACCUUGAUAUAAGCCAUGGACCAAGCACGGAAGAUGAAGCAUGUGAAAAAUAUUUCCAAGAAACAGUAUCACGGGACUGCAAUGGAAGAUUUCAUGUUGCAUUGCCUUUCAAAUCCAUAAUUCUGGGUUCAAUGGGUACGGAAAUCACAAAGCGCGAUGAUCAUUCAUUAGGAUUAGGAUCGUCCCGCUCACUAGCUUUGAAUCGUUUGUAUAAUCUCGAACGUCGCUUAAGCAAAGACGAAGAGCUAUAUAAUGCCUAUCGUGACUUUAUGGAUGAAUAUAUUGCACUAGGCCAUAUGCAGUUGGCCGAACGCGCUGGAAAAUAUUUCAUACCACAUCAUGCGGUUGUAAAACGGAAGGAGAAUGACAUAAAAAUUCGAGUUGUCUUCGAUGCCUCCGCUCAAUCUUCGUCGGGACGUUCUUUGAACGAUUGCUUAGCAACUGGUUCUAAAUUGCAAACUGAUAUCGGGGACAUCUUAUUGCGUUGUCGAUUUUAUAAGUACAUGUUCAUAGCAGACAUAGUUAAGAUGUAUCGACAAAUAUUCGUUCGAGAAGAAGACCGUGUUUACCAACACAUUCUGUGGAGGCGUUCACCACAUGAGGAAGUAAAAGAAUAUGAGUUAUGCACUGUUACAUAUGGUAAAAAUUCAGCACCGUUCUUGGCCAUUCGUUGUCUUCUUCAAUUGGAACAAGAUAAUGGUCCAGACUUUCCAUUGGCAAGACAAUUUCUGCGGUCAUACACCUAUGUGGACGACAUUAUUGCAGGUUCCAAUACAAGGGAAGAAAUAGUGAAUGUGCAAUGUCAAAUCGUUGGGUUGUUACAGAAAGGCUGUUUUGAGCUAAGUAAAUGGGCUAGUACUUGCCCCGCAGUUUUGGAAGGCGUUGCAAAAGAGCACUGUGCCAGUAACCCAUACUAUGAACCUCAUUCUGGACAGGCUGUCAAAAUAUUGGGUCUUUAUUGGGACCCGUUUGGAGAUACAUUCGGAUACAGGUCAAAUAUUACUGGGAUGCAACCCACAAAACGAUCGGUACUAUCAGUCCUCGCUCGAUUAUAUGAUCCCAUUGGGACAUUAGGUCCAAUGGUUUUCUGGGCUAAGUGCCUAAUGCAAGAGUUAUGGUGCCAAGGACUGAACUGGGACACUCCAAUUUCCAAAGAGAUCUCCUCCAAGUGGAAUGUAUUCAUAGAAGAACUUACAUCGUUGGAGCAUUUGAAGUUGUUUCGUCAUAUUAGCAUCGUAAACUGCAUAAAGGUGCAGAUGAAGUUGUACGCGUUGUGA